UCCCACCGAAUUCAGAGAAUAAAGCUGGAAAUUUGACAUCAUUUACGUGCGCUCUAGCAUUUCAGACACGUUAUCGGAUAUCUACUAAACCAGCCUUUUUCAAAUAGGUUAGAUCACAGAAAUUCUCUGGUUAAAUUAUAACCACAGUAUUUAUCUAGCCAACUGCUGUCGGUUCGGAGCAUUCAUUUUGUGUUUGUUUUUUGAAAGUAAUUUGUUUUAGUUGUUCCUUAAUUUCGAAAAGUGUUGACAGGAUUUGGUACUGAAGGGCUGAUAAGGCAAGUAUCUUACGGUGAAACAUCGGAUGUCUACCAGUGAGGAUGACAGUGUUUCAUGUAAAAUGAUCAAGAAAAUAUGGUUUAUACUCAUCCUCUGUAAUCUGAAUGAAGUUUACAGCAUGCCAAAAUGUUGCGGUGGAAAAAAUAUUUUUGAUGGCAAAUGUCAAGAUGGAGGUUCAAUAAAUAUAGCGGAGUGUGGGGCAAGGAUUCUAUUGGAAAUGAAUGAUAAUGUAACGACGUAUAAUAUGGAUCAAAAUAACAACUUACUCGAAAAUGGUACAGUGAUAGCCAAACCGAAAUAGGAAUAUGUAUAAUCCACUCCAUAUCUGGCCUAGGUAUGGGAUUUUCGAUAUUGGCCAUAAUUAAUCUUUCAGACUACCUUGAAACAAUACCUUGCCACCUAAUGGCUUAUGUGAUGUACUUUUCCUUUCUUUAUUCAUUCUUCUGGCUGAAUGUUCUCUGCUUCCACAUAUGGAGACAAGUUAUAAAUCCACAAGUUAUCCGCUCAGUCGAGAAGUGGAGUCUAUAUUAUCACAUCUAUGGAAUCGGGACCCCCCUAUUUUUACUGACUUUCCUUAUAUUUGUUAAUUACACAGAUAUUGAAUAUUUUCGGAGUAUUCAUCCAGGAAUAGGACAAGUAUCGUGUUGGUUCGAAUCGGAGAACGGGAGGUUCAUAUAUUUUUAUGGGCCAAUGGUAGUGCUGUUACUUGUGAAUAUCAUUUUGUUUUUAUGGACUACUAUUGUUUUGUGGACUCAUUCGAAAAAUUGCUCCAAGACAAAAAUUUUAAAAUAUAGGUUGAAGAUGUAUGUCAAACUAUUUUUCAUCAUGGGAAUCACUUGGAUUUUUGAGGUCAUAUCUGCUCUUCUUGAAAACUACAAAUGGAUUUGGUAUAUCACUGAUGCUCUCAAUGCCUUACAGGGUUUGAUCAUAUUUCUAAUUCUGGUUGUAUUGCGUAAGAAAGUGAUAAGAUCUUUAGCGAACAGGAAAAUUUUCAUGUUCCUGAGAUUGCCUGCCAAAUGGAGAGAAGCCAAGGAUAGCGAAUGUGAAGAAUUGGAGGAAGAAUUGAGCUUAGGAGAAGAUGUUAAAUGAAGGUUUCAAUAAACCAUCGAAAAAAAUUCAACACUUAAUACGCUUCUAACAUUUGGUAGAUAAGACAACGAUAUAGAAUAAAUGACGUCGAGUGAUCAACCAUUUUGAAGUCAAGAAGGCAACUUCAAAGAGCGAUGUAGUUGAUAGACUUAUUGAAACAAAACGAUGAUUUCACUUGUUUCUUAGUGUUCUUAAUAUAUGAACAGAGAAAAUAUUUAAAAAAUGACGAGGCUGUCAGUUUCAUUGUACGGAUUUAUAAGUAAAAAAUAACUACAGUUCUGA